AUGUUUCGCCUGCAUAUCGGUUUUUUGUGCCACGUCGUUGCAUUCUUCAUCCUUUUCGGAGUGUCCCACUCCACCAGCGAGUCCGUUUGUGUCCUCAGCGAUGCGCCUAAGCAAUGUAGCGCCUUCUGCAUGGCAGCAUUGCAGCCACUGUAUAACCACUGCCAGAAUGUUCGGGAGCUGUUGGAUAUCCUUGCGUCGAAUCAAACUGCCACCGCGAGGAGACUUGAAUCCACUUUGCAAAGCAGACCAGAGAUAAAACCAGCCGGUACAGUGCCGCAAGGGUUUCAGAAGAUUGGAUCCAGAUACUUUCUCAUAGAAGAGAGUAAGAUGAAAUCCUGGACCGAUGCCGAGGAAACCUGUCGCGAAAAGGGCGGUCACCUAGCAUCCUUCCGAAACAUAGCCGAGUUUCAUGCCGUCAGGAGUAAAGUCUUUCCACUUUCCACGUUCUGGCUGGGAGGCCAUCGAAAUAGUGAGGACGAAUUCGUGACGGCCACCGGAAAUAAAGGAUCGUAUAUUAAGUGGCAUUUUGGACAACCCAACAACUUUGGUGGCCAGCAGAACUGCGUUGCCCUGAGCGUAUUUCGCAUGAAUGAUAUGCACUGCGAUCAUGUCAAUAACUUUAUUUGCCAGUUGGACACUGUUUAA